AUGAAAUAAGCAGUAAAAAAUAUAAGCGAAGUCGUUCAAAGAAAAGAAGUAAUACUCCACGAAGAAGAAGUUAUUCUCGAAAACGGAGUUAUUCCCGAAAAGAAAGUUACUCUCGAAAAAGAAGUAAUUCAAGGAAAAGAAGCCAUUCAAGGAGAAGUUAAUCAAAAAAAAAGGAAAGAAAAAGGCGUAGUGUAUCAUAAAUAAAAAGAACAGUAAAAUUAAUAAAUUCCUUAAUAAAAUAUCAAUAAUGACGAUUUUGCAGAUCUAGAUUAGGAUAUUAUUAAUAAAAUGAUUCAAUAAGAUGAAGAUUCGGAUGAAUAAAAUGAAAGAAAAAGAUAGGAAAUUUAAGAUUUCAUUACUGGGUUGGCAAAUAAAAAUAAAAAAAAUGCUGAAAAAAUGGAAAGUUUUAGUGAAAAAAAUGAAUAAACUGAUGAAAAUGAUAAUAAUAUUUACAGUAAUUAUGAUGAUGGAGAUAUAGAUAUGUUUCGUGAUGAUUUUUUCGAAAAAAUAGAUUAAAAAUAAGAACAGAAUUAUUUUGUAGCUUAAAACAAUGAUUGUGAUGAUCCUGAAAAUUACUUUAAAAUUCGAAUUGGAGAUAUUUUGAAUCAAUAAUAUAGAAUUUUACAAAAAUGUGGUAAAGGAGUUUUUUCUAAUGUCUGCAAAGCAGAACAAAUUAGUACAGGUAAAGUUGCUGCUAUUAAAAUUCUAAGAAGGGAAGAAAUUAUGACAUAAAGUGGAGAAAGGGAAAAAGAAGUAGUUUAAAAGUUAAACCAAACUGAUAAAAACGAUAAAAAACAUAUUGUAAGACUCAAAAACAUAUUCGAACAUAAAAAACAUUUGUGUUUAGUUUUCGAAUAUCUUGCUAUGAAUCUAAGAGAAGCUUUAAAAAUAUAUGGGAAAGGGAAAGGUUUUUCUUUAGAAGCUGUAAGAUCUUAUGCAUUUUAAAUAUUCAUAGCAUUAUCACAUUUAAAGAAAAAUAAUUUAAUACAUGCAGAUUUGAAACCUGAUAAUUUGUUGAUUAGUUCAGAUACAAAAACUCUUAAAAUGUGCGAUUUUGGAACUGCAUUACCUAUGGAAGAAACUGGGCUUAUAAAAUACAUUUAAAGUAGGUAUUAUAGAGCUCCUGAAGUCAUGUUAGGAUAUCCUCCUUAUAGUUAAAUUGAUGUUUGGAGUGUGGGAAUAACCCUUUAUGAAAUUUAUACUGCUAAGUUCUUGUUUAAAGGAGAAAGUAAUAAUGAAAUGAUUAAGCUUAUUAUGGAUUGUAGAGUUAGUAAACAAAAAUAUAUACUUCCAAUCAAGUUUGGAGAUAUUCCGAAAAAUGAUAUAAAUAAAUUACUUUUAGCCAAUAAAGAAAAUGUAUAAUAAGAAAAUCAAAAAAAGCUCACAUAAUUUAAAGAUUUGCUUGAUAAAUGUUUGUAAUUAGACCCGAAAAAUAGAAUUACACCAGAAGAAGCAUUGAAACAUCCUUUUUUGGAAUAAUUUAAACCUAUCAAAUGA